AUGGAACAGAUGCUUGGAAUGGUAUUGGGAUCCAAUUACUGCACUUUUCCAACCUUACAUCUAUUGUCUAAACUUGGAGCAGGCAUAUUUUUAUUCCUUGGUGACACUAUAUAAAGAGACAAUUGGCAUUGUGUUUGCUGGCUGACUGGUUGGCAGAGCAGGGGUGAAAGGAGCAGCAGCACCAUGGCUCCCAAAAAGGCAAAGAAGAAGAUAGAAGGUGGUUCCAAUGUUUUCUCUAUGUUUGAACAAACCCAGAUCCAGGAGUUCAAAGAGGCUUUUACCAUCAUGGAUCAGAACAGGGAUGGCUUUAUUGACAAAGCAGAUUUGAGAGACACAUUUGCUGCACUAGGUCGUCUGAAUGUCAAGAAUGAAGAGCUUGAAGACAUGGUGAAGGAGGCGCCAGGUCCUAUUAACUUCACUGUCUUCCUUACUAUGUUUGGGGAAAAGCUGAAAGGCACGGACCCAGAAGAAACCAUUCUGAAUGCUUUUAAGAUUUUCGACCCAGAAGGAAAAGGCCGCAUAAAGGCAGACUACAUCAAAGAAAUGCUCAUGACACAGGCAGACCGGUUCAGUCAAGAAGAGAUCAACCAGAUGUUUGCUGCUUUCCCUCCAGAUGUCUCUGGGAACCUUGACUACAAGAACCUCUGCUAUGUUAUCACCCAUGGUGAGGAGAAAGACUGAGCAAAGAGAGGAGCUUCCCCUGUGCUGAUGCACCCAGUUAUUUCAUGAUGCACAAGACAAAGGGCUAAGCAUCCACGAUGUGAAGCCACGUGGUCAUUGGAAGACAACCAAUAAAAUAAUUGAAAAUAGA